AUGCAUUUAUCCCUUUGCGUCGUCGUUUUCUUCUCCUCGCUUCCAGCUCUUCUCGUCGCGGCUUCUGUGCAAUCGCUGGAAUGCGGAGGUAAUUUCCCUCGUGCUCCCCUUCCGAAUUCCCAUGAAUCCUUGCAGCCUGCUCCCUCCUCGUCACUCAUUUCGAGAUGAAAAUCGCGGCUGUCGAUCCGAACAAGAAAAUCGAAGUGGGCAGCUUCCGAGUUUCGCCGACCGGCGAGCAGAAGGGACUGAAGGAGAUCGGAUACGCGCGCUCGGAAUCCCAUCUGACCGAAAUCAUUGAGCACGUGUGCGACGAGGCGAAACAGUACAAACUUGUGGUGAAUACGUUGACCGGAAAAGCAGUCCACGUGCACAAGGAUGCCACAUAUUUGAAGGGAGACGAGUCACCGAAAAUGAGAUCCCGUCUUCAGAAUGCCGUUAGUUUAUGGUGCUCAUUUUAAAACGAAACAUAUUUAAUAAAUUCCAGUGCAACGACUUCCUGGAUGCCAACGAAGACGAGCUAUUGACGUUCCUGAAGACCGCCCACGAAGAGCCAGUCAAGCAGUUUUGCCAGCUCGAAUUAGGAGUGUGUUCCGCUGUCGACGUGGCUGCUCUGCCUCCGAACGAGCCGACGCUUCAAGACGAGCCACUCAAUCUGUCGGAUAUUCCAGAUGAUGAAAUGGAUAGAGAGUUGUAA